AUGGCUUCCAAAGAUAUCGUCCAAGUAAUCAAUGAUACCAUCCACCACCACAGCCAAGAGCUUCGAGACAUUAGUUUGAAGAUUCACGAUAACCCCGAGCAAGGCAACAAGGAGUUCAAAGCAUUCCAGCUAUUGACAGACUACCUCGAAAAGAAGGGAUUCAAGGUGACUCGAGGUGUUGUUGGUUUAGAAACCGCAUUUAUCGCUGAAUAUACCAAUGGCAAGGAAGGUCGCCGCAUUGGAUUCUGCAGUGAAUAUGAUGCACUGCCUGGUGUUGGCCAUGCCUGCGGUCACAACUUGAUUGCCAUUUCAGGUGUCGCUUGUGCUUUAGCCAUCAAACAAGUCCUGGAGAAAGAUUUGAUGUCUGGCUCAGUGUACCUGUUUGGCACACCCGCAGAAGAAUCCACCAGCGGUAAAUGUAACUUUGUCCAGAGUGGUACUGUGGAGAAGUUGGUUGAUUUCUCAAUGAUGUUGCAUCCAGGUCCUGGUGAUGGUCUUUAUGUACAAUGCUUGGCGCUGGAUUCUUUCACUGUUGAAUUCUUUGGCAGACAAUCGCACGCUGGAGCUUCACCUUGGGAAGGUGUGAAUGCGCUAGACGCUUUAAUGCAAGGCUUUGACAAUGUAGCCAUGUUGAGACAGCAGACCCUUACAAGCAACAGAAUUCAUGGUAUCAUUCAAGAGGGCGGCAAAUCUCCUAAUGUGAUUCCCGGUUAUGCAUCUGCCCACUUUUAUACCCGUUCUGUCACUCGCGAUCAACUGAAAGAGCUCAAAGAGAAGGUUGAAAAAUGCUUCAAGGCUGCUGCACUUGCUACUGGAUGUACCUACAAGAUUACUUGGGCUCCUUGUGGACAAAUUGAUGAUGUCUUUACAAAUGAGGUGUUGGCCGAGACCUAUAAAGAUCAUAUGAAGGCUGAGGGCGUCCAAUUCCAUCCUCGUCAAAUGGAGGAAUCGAUUGUCAGCGGCAGUACUGAUAUGGGCAAUAUUACUUAUGCUGUGCCUGGUAUUCAUGCUGGAUUUAAUAUCGGUACCACAGCUGCCAACCACACCAUUGAAUUUGCAGCAGCAGCAGCUACAGAGGAAGCACAUGAGAAGACGCUUCGAGCAGCCCGUUGCCUUGCCAUGACAGCUGCUGAUGUAUUCGAGGAUGAAGAUCUCUACAAGCAAGCGGUUGCUUAUUUUAAAAAGGGCAAAUCACAGUGA